AUGGCCAUGAAGAGAAGUAUAGAAACGGCAGAGCUAGAGACACUAGACAUGGCGAAAUGUCUAAUCUACCUAUCUCAUAGCUUCCGCUCCGUCACUUCCAAUUCCAAUCCCUCCUCCGCCGCCGGCGGCGACGCCUUCGAAUGCAAGACGUGUAACCGGAGGUUUUCUUCCUUCCAGGCGCUGGGCGGACACCGGGCCAGCCACAAGAGGCCCAAGAUUGCUUUACUCGGCUUAGAAAAGUUGGGCCAGGACGGGCCCAAGGUGCAGACAAAGCCCAAGAUGCACGAAUGCUCGAUCUGCGGGGUGGAGUUCGCGCUGGGCCAGGCUUUGGGCGGUCACAUGCGGAGGCACCGAGCAGCCGCCACCAUGGCCGUGGCGGCUCCUAAGCUGCCGGCGGCGGGGAACUCGAACAAGCUGCUGCCGGUGCUUAGGAGGUCGGGCAGUUGCAAAAGCGUGUUCGGCCUGGAUUUGAACUUGUCGCCGUUGGAGAACGACUUGCAGUACUUGUUUGGCAAGAUGGCGCCCAAUGUUUCCAUUGUUUGA